AUGACUUGGGAUGUAUCACAGCCACGACAUGUUUCUGCUAGUAAUGGCAGUGCUGAUAUUGUCAAGUAUCUCUUAGACUGGCCGAAAUCCGACAAAGUUGAGCUGGAAGCUAUGAACACCUAUGGUGAAACCCCAUUGCACAUGGCUGCCAGGAACGGCUGCAAUGAAGCUGCCAAGCUUCUCCUUGACCGUGGAGCUUUUAUCCAAGCCAGCGAAGGGAUCACUCCUUUUGGAUCAUCUACCUCUAGGACAGAGCAGCGAGAAGUUACAUGA